AUGGAGCCUAUAGCAAAGCGCCUCAAGCAGUCCGCUGAGAGCGCUCUGCAGAGCAAGAAGAAAAAGACCGAGGAGGAGAAUAUCGCUGAUCGAAUCAAGCGACUCGAAGCAGAGCUCCAAGGUGGAGGCGAUGACUCCAGCGAUUCGGACUCCGACUCGGAAACGGAGUCAGAUUCUGACAAUGAACAGCUAAAGGCUGUCGUGAACCUGUCGGCUUACGCUUCGGAGCGCAUCGAGUCACUGCCUGAGAAAAUGCUACCGUCUGCAAGACCCUCGUCGAACCUGCCAUCAUUUAAGAAGAAGCGAAAGAAAACGCAGCAGGAGGAGAAUGAAUGGGCGGCUAACAAGGCACUGGAGCAGCUGGGAGACGCGUUGACGUUCCCUAAGAAGAUCCCGUUCGCCUGCAAGCCAUGCAAGUUCAUUGGUAAGGAUAUAGAGGACUUUCAGGCCCAUCAAGCAUCCAAGGAACACUUGGAGCGCGUACAAACUGGAGACAAAACGCUGCAUUGUGCUCUCUGCAAUAAAUCGUUCACAAGUCCCGCCCAACUGGGCGAACAUCGUGCUGGAAAGUGGCACAAGCAGCGAGCGCAGCAGAAGAAGGUGCGACACACAGUCAAAGUUUGCUAUGACUUUAUGCGUGGAGAAUGCAAAUGGGGCGACCGCUGCAACUUUGAGCACACGGAGACUAAAGCCAUGAAGUCUGGACGUGCACUCGACAAGGCCCGCAGACGAGUUUGCGAUAACUUUAUUCGCACGAAGAACUGUCGCUUCGGUGACAAGUGUCUGUACUCGCAUGACACAAAACAAUAA